CCUUUAUCUGCCUGCAGGUCGCUCGGGACGCCGAGGGCCGCGGGUCCUAGGCGACCUGGCUCCCCGCCACGCUCCGGCCCGCAGCAGGGGACAGAAGCUGGUCAAGUGUGCCUGACAUCCAUCAACUGGUCCCUGGUCACCUGGUCUCAGCCCAGCUUUGCCCAUCUUGCUGUGUGAAUCUUGGGUAAGUCCCAACUUUUUAGCCAGCCCUGGGUUUCCCCAGACAUUUCAUGUGGAGGGUGAUGCUGACUUUCUUUCUGCAGCUGAGGCCUGGCUAGGAGGGCUACAUUUAACUGGGAUUUGACCAGUGUGGGCAUGGUGAUGGUUGGGGGAAGGGAGAGGUGGAGGUUUCCUUUAGCCCCACCCUCUGGUGACAUCACACAAGACACCUCCAGUCCUUGGAAGCCCCGCCCCUAGUGACCCUCACCUGUGGAAGUGCCACCCAGUGCCUGGCAUCUGGUGAAAUUGCCCAGUCCCACAGCGGAAGCCAUCGGCCCCCAGGCUCCAGGAAAAGCCCUAGUUUGCUGCCUGGCCCACAGCCAUGGCCACGAUGGUGGCCCAGAAGCUCAGCCAUCUCCUGCCUACUUUGCGGCAGGCCCACCGGGAGCCGCAGCCAUCCGGACAGCCAGAGCCCGUGUUCACGGUGGACCGAGCCGAGGUGCCGCCCCUCUUCUGGAAGCCGUACAUCUACGUGGGCUACCGGCCACUGCAUCAGACGUGGCGCUUCUACUUCCGCACGCUGUUCCAGCAGCACAAUGAGGCGGUGAACGUCUGGACCCACCUGCUGGCGGCGCUAGUGCUGCUGCUGCGGCUGGCCAUCUUUGCGGGGACCGUGGACUUCUGGGGAGACCCCCAUGCCCUGCCCCUCUUCAUCAUUAUCCUUGCCUCCUUCACCUACCUGUCCCUCAGCGCCUUGGCUCACCUCCUGCAGGCCAAGUCCGAGUUCUGGCACUACAGCUUCUUCUUCCUGGACUAUGUGGGCGUGGCCGUGUACCAGUUCGGCAGUGCCCUAGCGCACUUCUACUACACCAUCGAGCCUGCCUGGCAUGCCCGGGUGCAGGCCAUCUUCCUGCCCACGGCCGCCUUUCUUGCCUGGCUUUCUUGCACCGGCUCCUGCUACAACAAGUACAGCCAGAAGCCCGGCCUGCUGGGCCGCACCUGCCAGGAGGUGCCGUCGGCGCUGGCCUACGCGCUGGACAUCAGCCCCGUGGUGCACCGCAUCCUGGUGUCCCCCGACCGGACCGCAGAUGACCCCGCUCUUCUCUACCACAAGUGCCAAGUGGUCUUCUUCCUGUUGGCCGCGGCUUUCUUCUCAGCCUUCAUGCCGGAGCGCUGGUUUCCGGGCAGCUGCCACCUCUUCGGCCAAGGCCACCAGCUCUUCCACGUGUUCUUGGUGCUGUGCACGCUGGCUCAGCUGGAGGCUGUGGCCCUGGACUACGAGGCCCGGCGGCCCAUCUAUGAGCCUCUGCACACCCGCUGGCCCCACAACUUCUCUGGCCUCUUCCUGCUCACGGUGGGCAGCAGUGUGCUGACCGCCUUCCUCCUGAGCCAGCUGGUUCGGCGCAAACUUGACCGGAAGACCCAGUGAGGGGGAGGGAGGGGAUGGCGGCUGGUAGGGAGGGAGGUAGAGUGAGAGCCCGGGGUUCAGGGCUUGGCUCCAGAGGGGAACAAGGCCUGGUAAAGUUGUUUGUGUCUGGCCUGCGAUGACUUUCUGUGAACGCUUCAGCUGCCAAAGGCGGUACUGGCCUGUCCUUAGAUUUGGGGAUUGGCCCGGAGCAACUGGGGGGUCCACUCCUGGGCCUACCCCAGCCCCUUGCCCUGGGAGAGGAAAAGAGAUAAAGAUGAGGGCCAACCAGGCUUGCCUCUUUCCAUUGCCUCUCACUAAGGGUGAGGAUCAGGGGUCAGCUGGGGCCAGGACCCCGGUUGGGAGCUUCCAGAUUAUCUGAGGGGGGGUGACGAUAGAAUUUAGGCCAGAGGCAGAUUUCACUGGUGGAUAGGGAAGGAGCAGGCCUGAAUGUAUGUAGGAUCUUAUCAUUCCUUGAGCUCCGGCCUGGAGCUUUGGAGUUCCACAGAGUCACCGAAGGUAGAAGAUUGUGGCAGGUAGAAAUGGAUCCCACCCAGGGCCCAUACCUCCUUGGUCACCAUCCCAUACAGUGAGCCCCAGCCUUUCUUAGCUCUGUGACCCACACAUCCUGUUCCCAGCCUUUCUCCUGGUUUCCUUGUUCAUGAUUCAGUUAUCCAUUCAGUGUUUCCUGGGCAACCUCUGGGUCCUUUGGAUCCAUGCAGGAUGAUGAGAGCUUUAAUAUGGGAGUGACCUGUCAGGGGAAGCACGGGGAGGAAUAAUCGGUGCUGUCUGCUGCCCCACUCAAGGUCGAGGGUUGGGAGGGGUGACUAGGAGUUUGCAGAUGAAGGAGGGCAUUCCAGGCAGAGGGUAAAGCCUCUACAAAGGCCAAAGAGGUACUGAAGGGAGUUCAGCGGAGCUGGAGGUAGGGGUGAUCUGGACUCUGAUAUGUCCUGGAUUCAAUAAAGUGACCAAUAACAGCAGCCUCUUUGCUUUUUGCCUCCUGUCUUGGGAACGGGGCCCUGGGGCCCCCAUGGACCUGCUCAACAUGUUGAAGAGGUUUUCCAGCGAGUGGCUGGGGCCCCCAGGGGUGGAAACAGGGAAGACAAAAGUAGUGGAUGCUUUUUUCUUUGCCUAGGCGUGAUUGGGGGCCUUAUAUGCUAUAUAUAUGAACUCUUUCUUUUUGGCAGGGAAGGGGGGCAGUUGUAUUACUAAAUAAGUUUUAGAAGUUAAAGGAAUGUGUGAAGUUUUAAAUAAUCCCACUUAAUAAUUUGAUAAAGAUUUCAUUUUUUGGUCUUUCCUUCAAUCAGGAAGGAUUUUAUAUGUUAACUUUUAUAAUACUCCUUUUCUAAAGGAGUAAACUAAAAAUAUAGUUUAUAAUAGUUUUCCACAGCACAGUGAAGGAAAAUUAGGAAGUCCUGAUUUAAAAAAA